CAAUGUCGAUCAUCCCAAACGCCAACCCCUUGGAGGACUCUCCCUUCACGACCCAGUCCAUGUCAACCCUACCCCAAAGCGCAGCAACGUUGAUGAGCAGUAGCAGCAUCAGCCAGUUCGACUGGCACGAGACAACGGACUCGCACGUGCUGAAGGCCGAGGUGCCGGGGCUGAAGAAGGAGGAGAUGAAGAUCGAGGUGGACAGCGAGAGAACUCUUCAGGUGAGCGGGGAGAGGAACGUGGAGAAGAAAGAUGAGAGUGGUGUGGAGCGUAGCAGCUGCAUGUUCAAGAAGUGCUUCACGCUUCCGCCCAACGCAAAACUUGAUCUCGUCAAGGCCUCCUACGAAAACGGUGUUCUUACUAUCACUAUUCCUAAGAUGAAUGAGGCCACUGCUAAGGCCAUUGAGAAUUCGUAUUGAUUAGAAGAAAGAAUCACGCUUCUCUUAUUUUUUUAAUCAAGAAAUGUUUAUUAAUUGUUGGGGAAAAAAUUGAAGCAGUAAUCUUUCCCUUACUUCCUUUUUCUUUUACUGUUAAGUUAAUCUUAUAACCCUUAGUUCUCUUGUAAAGUGAGAGUUGAUAAGGAAUUACUAAUGUGUUUGUCUAGUAAAUUUAAUGUAAUGUAAGUAGUUCUAGAUGAACGAUGCUUUUUGUUUGUUUUUUGUGAAAUAAAUGUUGCUGUUUGCUUUGUAAGAAUGUUUUUUAGUUCUCAGCUUUUCAUGCUAGCUACGUGGGGAAAGUUUAGUGCAUGUUUACCUUGUCAACACUGUAAACAUGAAGAAGAGAAGGAAACUAAAGAGGAAGAAGAGAGAAGAAAGAAAAGAGAAGUAAAUUAAAGAGUUUUAUUUUAGUAAAACGCGAUCAAGAAGUGAAUAAAAUU